GGCAAUGUUAUGCAGAUGAGAAGUAAAAAAACAUUUUAACAAUUUAUGUUUCUCACUCUGAUUAUUGCCUGAAAUGUGACAGAUAUCUUAUCGUUUUGUGUUUACGUUAACAUGGGAGAUGUCUACAUUAUUAACAUUUAUGAUCUUAUGAAAAGAUUUUUUGGCUAUAUGAAUUUUUUGGAGAUUCAUAUUACACAGAGCAGCUUCUUGAACUUCUGAAGCCAUUUUAUUGACAACCUGGUGGUCAUUUGUCUACCCAGAAGAACCUGGCAUCCUCAGCUACAUAAUAAGUUCUUGUUGAUUGGACCCCCUGGACAACUGAGGAAUGGCUCAAACUGAUACAGAGACCUGCAAAGAUUGUGGAGCAAGAAAAGAUGCAGGUACGAAUACAAUUUUCCACCAUUACUUUUGCUAUGAUAUUUACAUUGUAUCAGCACCAGAACCACAAUCUACAAAACAAAGAGUAAUUGAUGAGUUCAUGGAUGAGAGAUUAGUAAAGCCACUCGAAGAACAAGGCUACAAAUGUUUCCACGGCUGCAGAAACAUGGUCGGUGGUGAACUUAUUUUGCAGGCAAUGAGUUAUCCUAUCACUUUAAUACCUACAACCAUCGUGCCUGUUUAUAAAGACAAGGACUUUGCAUCGAUACGGAAUUUACUCCUUCGACCUGACUUUUUGGAAAGAAUUGUAUUUCUUUCAUUUGAUUCAACUAAAGUUUUCCCCUCCAUUCUUUCAAAGAAUAGUUACUCAAUAAACAGCAAAGAUGUCAACUUAUUACAGAAGCUUAUACACACAAUUAAUAAAAACAGUUCCCAGAUACCACUCUGCCAAAGGAAACGACAAUAUGAAAUGCGGCAUGACCCAGAAUCGACAGUCUCUACUACCGCAUCUGAAUUUCACAGAAACUGUUUAUUCCGAAGAACAAGUAUAUCACGAAUAGUACCCAUCCAGAGGAUGACUAGCGUUGCUUCAGUUAUCUCUGAAGAAAUGACUAUAUAUUCUGAUUCUGAAGUUCAGAAAAUAGAUGAUGAUGUUUUCCUUGAAGAUCUAAAAAAUGUUACCUCUCCAAAUGAACUUCUGUGUCAUUGCCAUCACCACAAUGACAAGAUAAGGCAUUAUGCAGCCAACACAUUAGUAAGAAUUAUCCAGAAGGACAUUACAACAUUCUGUAAUAAUACAAAUUUGCAAAAUGUGGAAAAAGAAGUCAGAUCUAUGGUAGAAACUGAAAACAUGAAACAAUGUGAAAAAGACUGCAACUUUCGGAAGCUGUAUUUCUGGAUACUGGCAGCUAUUUAUAUUAGAAUAUACAAAAAUAACGAUGCUGACCUGAAAGCCCAUAUAAAGAGCCUGACAUUAAAAAAAUAUAAGACAGGCACGAAAGCCUUUGAUGAUGUUUGCCAAAAGAACUAUAAUAAACUCACCAUCUCCAUACAUGCAAAAAUAAAAACCUGGCCUAAAAGCCUGGAUAGUAAUGAUUUGCAUAUCCAAAAGCUGGAGAACUGUAUAGCUUUACUAGAUCAAAAAGCCUCUCACAAUACUGAGAAAUCUGAUGAUAUGAACACCAUGAUAAAGUAUUUAAUUAACCUGCCCUGGGAUAUAAAAUACAUCUUUGUAGUCAUCAUUACAGAAAAGAUUUUUGAGAAGAAGUAUACAGAUGGCAGCAUUUACUUUUUCUCCCAGAUUUGUGCUUCAGUGGGGCAAAAACACAAAGAAAUCCUUCUUGAUGUGGUCGAAAGAACAACUGAGCAUAUUCUACAGAGCUACACUAAAGGUUCUAUAAAAGCAAGUUUGAAACUUCUCUCAAUCAUCUGGGAUUUGCAUGUGAAAAAAAGAAAACAAGAUGAACAUUUAAACACCAUUCUUAAACACUUCUUUAAAAAAUUAAUUUAUCAUCCUUUAAAUGAUGUCAGAAAUUUUGUUGCUCCGCUGCUCUUCAGUGGAGAUAUGGACAAUUUUGAGGUUCAGCAUUUGGGAAGUACUUGUGUCAUAGCUGACGAAGACCUUGUUGAGUCCUGUAUCCGUGAAAAGCUAUCCAUUGACCACCCUGAUAUGAUAAUGAAGGGAAAAGUUCAGACAAUCUCAAAAGCUUCUGUAUUUGAGGUCGACACUCAAGAUGGCAAAGCCCUACUGUACAUGUUUCGGCAAAAAACAUUAAAUGAUAUUUUGCAGACUAAUUCUACAGAUGAAGCAUAUGAAAGCUUUGAUGAAAUGUUAAAAGUUGUAAAAUUAUGCCAAGGGAACGAUUGCAUUGCAUCACUGAAGAACAUAAUUUCAAAUGGCAUACCUCCCUUUUAUGUGGUUGAAGAUAACAAACCACUGUUACAUUUUCUUCAUGCGAUAGAAAACCAGCUUACAUGGUCGCAAAUGACAGGAAUACUCAUUGAUAUUAGUAAAGCUGUUGAACAUUGCCAUAACAAUUUUGUCAUUCUUCGAGACAUAACGCCUGCUAGUUUCUUUGUUGUUCCCAAAGCUGAUGGAUCUUUUCAAGCAAAACUUGCAAAUUUUACAUAUGCCAAGUGCUUAUCCAAAGAUGGUAGCAAUUUUAACCAAGAAGACAGUGACGAUAUAAAUCUGUUGUGCUUUCGAGGUGACACCCAUGAGCCAGUUGCAGCCUAUUUCAGCUCUCCAGAAACCCUGAAAAAUAAAGAGUUUUCCAUCUUUUCGGAAUCAUGGAUGUUGAAUGCCACAUUCUAUUCAGUUGUUCUUUAUGGAAAACAGCCAUUUCAGGAGUUGGCUCAUCUCAACACUAUUCAAUUCGUAAACGAGAUAAUAUCAAACCAUGAUGCAAUAAUUCCAGCUUCCUUUCCUCCUGAAUUGUGGAAAAUCCUGAAAACAAAUUUUGCCUAUGUAAACCUACAUCGCAUGGCACCUGAAAGAGUACUAGCGGAACUAGAGAAAUACAAGAACAAUUUGGGAGUUGUAAGAGAUACAGUUCAUUCUAUAAACUCAAUUUGCUGCUAUAUUAAUCCAGAAGAUAUCCAAAAGGACUACGUGGACUUAAAUGAUGGUUUAAUUCUGGAGGAAACAAAACAACAGGACCAAAAAGUAUUCCGAGAUUUUUUUGAUCGGACCAAUCAUAGAGAAACAGUGUCAAUAAGAAUGAACCUGAAUACAAGAAAAAAAAUUAAAGCAUUGAAACAUAAAAACAUCUUAUGUGUAGCUGAGAUUCUAACUGGCUUAUAUACAACAACACUGGUGUCCUAUCCUUUUGAAAUAUACACCUAUACUUUGGACAACAUUGAUGCCUUUACACCAGUAGAUGAACUUCUGUCUUACUUUGAGCAAAUUACUGCCGCUUUGCAAGAACUACACUCCCAGAACAUUCUUCAUUGUGAUUUGCGCUGCAGUCACAUAUAUGUCAGCCCGUGUGACGGCACUUUGAAACUUGGCCAUUUUGGAAGAGCUGUAUCUUUAGAGGGUCAAAGCUGUGUUUUCAAAAUGAUGCCUCCAGAUGCAGAAAAAUGGUCAGCUCCAGAAGUAAGAACCAAUGGGAUGUACUCAAAAUUAUCUGACAUUUUUAACCUGGCAGCAGUUUUUUGGGAAGCCUUAGGUUAUCAGAAAACAGUAAUCUAUGGUAAUCACCCACUUGUACCAUUUGCAGCAUCUAAUAUCCAUAUGGAAAAAAAUUCGACACCCACCACAGAAAAUUGGAAAGAUUCUGUCAGUGAACUGGUAAUAUGGAUGCAAAAAUGCUGGCAUCCCAAUCCAACAAAAAGACCUUCACUGGAAUGCAUUAGUGAAACCAUCAAGAAUCUGAGCACAAAUUAUAAAGGGCACAGAAAAGAGACUUCAGGAAGUUUAGAAGACAUUUACAAUAUAGAUGAAGAAUAUGAUGACAUAUAUGAAGAAAUACCUUCAAAUUCAAAUGUUGUCCCUUUGAGAUAUGACUCAGAUCAAAACAUUGCCUCUGCAGAAGAUGCAUCGAAUGAAAAUCAUCUCAAUGUAGAAUAUGCCUGGCUCCGUGUAGUUGAUGAACUUGUAUCAGAAAAAGGAAUUGUAAACAAUACCACAAAGUUUAUUUUCUUUAAAGAAAACACAGAAUACAGCGAUGUGGGUAUUAACUACAAAAAAUCAAGAAAAAACAGAGGCAUAGUUCUAUAAAUGUAUAUUUCAAUUUUCCCUUUAAAAUGCGAGUUUUCAAUACAACAUAAUGCAACUACCAGAGUGCCACAUAGGCCAAGUGUCUGAACUCUAAGGGUUUUUUUUACUAAACCACAAAUUUUUCUGGGCGGGCAUUUUGUGGCAAAAACAUUUUUUUUCAUGUAAAAAAAAAACUAAAAUUUUUUGAGAUUUACUAUACCCCAAUGCUGCAAAUAGCCUGAAUCA